GACUCUGUCGGCCGCCGCCAUCUUGGGAGCUUGUCGUGUCGUCCGUGCGGGGAGCUGCUUUGACGCAGCCCCGCUCACCUUCAGCGAGGCGGACUGGCAGCCCUGAGCGUCGCAGUCAUGCCGGCCGGACCCGUGCAGGCGGUGCCCCCGCCACCGCCCGCGGCCACCGAGCCCAAACAGCCCACAGAAGAAGAAGCUUCUUCGAAGGAGGAUUCUACCCCCUCCAAGCCAGUGGUGGGAAUUAUUUAUCCUCCUCCAGAAGUCAGGAAUAUCGUUGACAAGACUGCCAGCUUUGUGGCCAGAAACGGACCUGAAUUUGAAGCUAGGAUACGACAGAAUGAGAUCAACAAUCCCAAGUUUAACUUCUUGAACCCUAACGAUCCUUACCAUGCCUACUACCGCCACAAGGUCAGCGAAUUCAAGGAGGGGAAGGCUCAGGAGCCCUCGGCCGCCAUCCCCAAGGUCAUGCAGCAGCAGCAGCAGGCCACCCAGCAGCAGCUGCCCCAGAAGGUUCAAGCCCAGGUGAUACAAGAGACCAUCGUGCCGAAAGAGCCCCCUCCUGAGUUUGAGUUCAUAGCAGACCCCCCCUCCAUCUCAGCCUUUGACCUGGACGUGGUGAAGCUGACGGCUCAGUUUGUGGCCAGGAACGGCCGCCAGUUUCUGACCCAGUUGAUGCAGAAGGAGCAACGUAACUACCAGUUUGACUUCCUCCGCCCGCAGCAUAGCCUCUUCAACUACUUCACAAAGCUGGUGGAACAGUACACCAAGAUCUUGAUUCCUCCUAAAGGCUUAUUUACAAAGCUCAAGAAAGAGGCUGAGAACCCCCGAGAAGUUUUGGACCAGGUGUGUUACCGGGUGGAGUGGGCCAAGUUCCAGGAGCGAGAGAGGAAGAAGGAAGAGGAGGAAAAGGAGAAGGAGCGGGUGGCCUAUGCGCAGAUUGACUGGCAUGAUUUUGUGGUGGUGGAAACAGUGGACUUCCAACCCAAUGAGCAAGGGAAUUUCCCUCCCCCCACCACCCCAGAGGAGCUGGGGGCCCGAAUUCUCAUUCAGGAGCGCUACGAGAAGUUUGGGGAGAGUGAAGAGGUUGAGAUGGAGGUCGAGUCUGAUGAGGAGGACGAGAAACAGGAGAAGGCGGAGGAGCCUCCUUCGCAGUUGGACCAGGAUACCCAAGUGCAAGACAUGGACGAGGGUUCGGAUGAUGAAGAAGAAGGGCAGAAAGUGCCCCCACCCCCAGAGACACCCAUGCCGCCUCCUCUGCCCCCAACUCCAGACCAGGUCAUUGUUCGGAAGGAUUAUGACCCCAAAGCUUCCAAGCCCCUGCCUCCAGCCCCUGCUCCAGAUGAGUAUCUUGUGUCUCCAAUCACGGGGGAGAAGAUCCCCGCCAGCAAAAUGCAGGAGCACAUGCGCAUCGGGCUUCUCGAUCCCCGCUGGCUAGAGCAGCGAGAUCGCUCCAUCCGGGAGAAGCAGAGCGAUGAUGAAGUAUAUGCACCAGGUCUGGAUAUUGAAAGCAGCUUGAAACAGUUGGCUGAGCGGCGUACUGACAUCUUUGGUGUAGAAGAAACAGCCAUCGGUAAGAAGAUUGGUGAGGAAGAAAUCCAGAAGCCAGAGGAAAAGGUGACCUGGGACGGCCACUCGGGUAGCAUGGCCCGGACCCAGCAGGCUGCCCAGGCCAACAUUACCCUCCAGGAGCAGAUCGAGGCCAUCCAUAAGGCCAAGGGCCUGGUGCCAGAGGAUGAUACCAAAGAGAAGAUUGGCCCUAGCAAACCCAAUGAACUUCCCCAGCAGCCACCACCUCCGUCUUCAGCCACCAACAUUCCUAGCUCUGCCCCACCCAUUACUUCCGUGCCCCGGCCACCCGCGAUGCCGCCUCCUGUCCGUACCACAGUUGUGUCUGCAGUACCUGUCAUGCCUCGCCCCCCAAUGGCAUCAGUGGUCCGACUACCCCCGGGCUCAGUGAUUGCCCCCAUGCCGCCUAUCAUCCAUGCGCCCAGGAUCAACGUGGUGCCCAUGCCUCCCUCGGCCCCUCCUAUCAUGGCACCCCGUCCACCCCCCAUGAUUGUGCCAACAGCAUUUGUGCCCGCUCCACCUGUGGCCCCUGUCCCAGCUCCAGCCCCAAUGCCCCCUGUCCACCCUCCGCCUCCCAUGGAGGAUGAGCCUGCCUCCAAAAAACUGAAGACAGAAGACAGCCUCGUGCCUGAAGAGGAGUUCCUGCGCAGAAACAAGGGUCCAGUGUCCAUCAAAGUCCAAGUGCCCAACAUGCAGGAUAAGACUGAAUGGAAACUGAACGGACAGGUGCUGGUCUUCACACUCCCGCUCACAGACCAGGUCUCUGUCAUCAAGGUGAAGAUUCACGAAGCCACGGGUAUGCCUGCAGGGAAACAGAAGCUGCAGUAUGAGGGCAUUUUCAUCAAGGAUUCCAACUCAUUGGCUUAUUACAACAUGGCCAACGGCGCCAUCAUCCACCUGGCCCUCAAGGAGAGAGGCGGGCGGAAGAAGUAGAGAAGAGAAACUUGCUGUCAGGUCUCAGCCACUGCCGUUUUUGCCUCUUCCUGUCUCCCACUGUCCUGCUCUCUGCCCCAGUCCCAGGAGACCCUGCCUUGUACACUUGUUUCCCUCUUACUGAGUUUGGAAAUUCAAAUUGUCCUGCCAAGUUUUCUUACCCCAUCCCUUCUCUACAUUGAUAAGGGAGAGCUUUCAAAGCUAGUCUCUUCCCUAGUGGUCUCUGGAAUCCCUUUGUGUUUGAGUCUUGAUUUGAGGGGAUUCAUUUCUUUAGGUGGCACAUUAGGAGAUGUGAAUGCAGAAAUGUGCUGUGGGAUAGUGUCAUAGAACCAAGUAGCACCUGGCUGAUGAGAGUAUGGUUGUUGUCAUUAUUAAUCAUUUUGUAUAAUCCCUUUGUGUUUGAGUCCUGAUUUGAGGGGAUUCAUUUCUUUAGGUAGCGCAUUAGAAGAUACGAACCCAGAAAUGUCCUGUGGGAUAGUGUCAUAGUCCCAAGUAGCACCUGACUGAUAGAGUAUGGUUGUUCUCAUUAUCAAUUAUUUUGUAUCUUGCCAUGGGUUGUCUAAUAAACCUCUUGUAUCCUUCUUGUGAAA